AUGACGGGACCACGGGGUCUGCGUGGCUUGGUGCUGAGUCUGCUUGCGCUUACAGCCGUUUGGCAGACUUCCACCUGGUUCUUUGUUGGAGGCUUGCAGUCAGUCGCGCCAAGGGGCGUGGCGCUGCGCUCAGUGGCCAUCUCGGAUGUGAAGGAUGUGACGACUGAGGUGCGUGGCGAGGAAGGCACGUCCACUUAUCGGAAGUUCUUCCUAACCGGCGACCAGGAGAUAUCGCCCUGGCACGACCUGCCCCUCGAGACCGAGGAGAAUGGCGUCUAUUGGAUGGUCACCGAGAUUCCAAAGAAUACAAAGAGCAAGAUGGAGAUCGCGACGAAGGAGUCGUCCAACCCCAUUGCCCAAGACACGAAGAAGGGCAAGCUCCGCGAGUACCACGGUCCCAUCUACUGGAACUACGGCUACUUGCCUCAGACUUGGGAGGAUCCCAAUGUCGAGCAUCCAGACCUCAAGGUCAAGGGCGACAACGAUCCCGUGGACGUGGUGGAGAUCGGCUCCCGGACGAACUUUCAAGGCGAAAUCUCCAAGGUGAAGGUCCUGGGAGCUCUCGCGAUGAUCGACGAUGGGGAGCUGGACUGGAAGAUUCUAGCAAUUGCCGCUGACGAUCCGAUGGCUUCUGAACUGGAAAACGUCGCGGACGUGGAUGCGAAGAUGCCGGGCGUGAUCUCAGGCAUCCGCGAAUGGUUCCGAUGGUACAAGACGCCAGAUGGCAAGCCUCUGAACGCCUUCGGCUUCGACGAGGCUCCGUUGGAUCAGGGGGCCGCCCUGGAGGUCAUCAGCGAAACCCAUGGCUAUUGGAAGCAGCUUCGACAGUCGAAGAGUGACGACCUUUGGGUGGGAUAA